GUGAGGGACGGAGCGGCUCGCCGACAGACCGCCAUGGAGACGGUGCAGCUGCGGAACCCGCGCCGGCAGCUGAAGAAGUUAGAUGAAGACAGUUUAACCAAACAGCCUGAAGAGGUAUUUGAUGUCCUGGAGAAGCUUGGAGAAGGUUCUUAUGGCAGUGUAUUCAAAGCCAUCCAUAAAGAAACGGGUCAAGUUGUUGCAAUUAAACAAGUUCCUGUGGAAUCUGACCUGCAAGAAAUCAUCAAGGAAAUCUCCAUAAUGCAGCAAUGUGACAGUCCUCAUGUGGUGAAAUACUACGGCAGCUAUUUCAAGAACACAGACCUGUGGAUAGUCAUGGAGUACUGUGGUGCUGGAUCUGUGUCUGACAUUAUUCGGUUACGAAAUAAAACUCUCACAGAGGAGGAAAUUGCCACAAUAGUGCAAUCAACACUGAAAGGACUCGAGUACCUGCAUUUUAUGAGGAAAAUACACAGGGACAUCAAAGCUGGAAAUAUAUUGCUAAAUACAGAGGGACAUGCUAAACUUGCUGAUUUUGGAGUGGCAGGACAACUUACAGACACCAUGGCAAAGCGGAACACAGUCAUAGGGACCCCAUUUUGGAUGGCUCCAGAAGUGAUUCAGGAAAUUGGGUAUAAUUGUGUGGCAGACAUCUGGUCCCUGGGAAUCACUGCCAUAGAAAUGGCUGAAGGAAAGCCACCAUAUGCAGAUAUUCAUCCCAUGAGGGCCAUUUUCAUGAUUCCCACCAAUCCUCCUCCAACGUUCCGGAAGCCGGAGCUGUGGUCGGACAAUUUCACAGACUUUGUGAAGCAGUGUCUUGUGAAGAGCCCGGAGCAGAGAGCCACUGCAACACAGCUGCUGCAGCAUCCAUUUGUUAAAAGUGCCAAAGGAGUAUCAAUUCUGAGGGACCUGAUUAAUGAAGCAAUGGACAUCAAGCUGAAACGCCAAGAGGCCCAGCAGCGUGAGCUGGAUCAGGAGGAUGAAGAAAAUUCAAACAUCCCUUAUAGAAACUUUCUUCUGCACAAGAGCAACCGACAGAAGCCUGAGGAGGAGGAUGAGACAGAUUCAGGCACCAUGGUGAGGGCGAGUGGAGAUGAAACUGGCACAAUCAGAGCUGUGAACACCAUGAGUGAUGGAGCCAACACCAUGAUAGAGCACGAUGGCACCCUGGAGUCCCAGCUGGGCACAAUGGUCAUCAACACCGAGGAGGAGGAGGAGGAGGGCACCAUGAAAAGGAGGGAUGAAACAAUGCAGCCAGCCAGACCAUCAUUCCUUGAAUACUUUGAACAGAAGGAGAAGGAGAAUCAAAUCAAUAGCUUUGGGAAGAAUGUUUCUGGCCAGACAAAGAAUUCAUCUGAUUGGAAAGUACCACAGGAUGGAGACUACGAAUUUCUGAAGACUUGGAGUGUGGAUGAGCUGCAGAAGAGGCUCUCUGCCCUGGACCCCAUGAUGGAGCAGGAGAUCGAGGAGAUUCGCCAGAAGUACCAAUCCAAGCGCCAGCCCAUCCUCGACGCCAUCGAGGCCAAGAAGCGGCGGCAGCAGAACUUCUGAGCCACGGGGGGAACCUUCCCCCACCCUCCAACAAUCAGCCCCUUACUUUUAUGACUACUGAACAGAUUGAUUUCUAUUGAAAUAUGCUAGCAAAAUAGAGGGCAAUACUUCUGCUCGUUUAUUUUUCCAUAGCACCUUUUGUGAACUCAGGAAUGCCGUCACGUGGAAAAUCCUGAUUGUAUGUUUUAGUGUUAGACAUGUAUUUAAAACGUAAUUCCAAAAGAGUUCUGUUACUGUUUUUAGGAGGGUUGUUUUUAAACCAGAGGAACCAGAUAGAAAUUGGCUAAUGAAAGUUGGCUCACUCUCUUUUCAAUUGAACUUUCAGGAGUCUAUUUUGGUUUAAGUUAAUACAGAUGGUUGUCUGUAACAGCUGAUUCUUUUGUGGGUUUUUUGUUUUUGUUUUCCUUUGUGAAUGCACAGACUCAAUUUCAAGCUGUUAACUGUUUCUACUGUUAAGGUACUGAUGAGUUUUAGGUCACUGAAGAGAGCAGGUGAGAACAUGUACAAACUGUUCCAGCCUUUUGAAGAAACUUAUAUCUCAGUUUUUAAAAAGCCUGUAAUAAGCCCCAUGCCUUACACUGUGUGCUUUAAGCAAGCGUUAUUUCUUCAAGACCUCAGUUUUGUCCUUGUUCUGUGUACUUCAUGAAUUUACACGAGUAGAUAAAGCAUGUUGUGCCUCCAUAAGAAAUUACAUUCUGUAAUUUAAAAUCCACACCCACUUAAAACCAAAAGCCAGUCAGUGAUCUGAUACCCCUUUGUCUGUCUGUUUGGAAAUGUCCUUCAGGGAGACCCUGCUGAGAAUGGAGUGCUGGGAAAAAGAAACAGCCUUUGAAUGGGUGGAAGUUGUGUGAACCUCUCUCAGGAAUUAGGUGCUUCAGCUGUGUCUAAGAGGACUUAAAAAUCUCCACAGCUUGUGAAAUAUUUUAUAGGCUUCAUUUCAAAUUUACAUCUUUGGAUGCUUGAACAAAAAGUUGAUUUCACAAUCCUUCACAUUUCUGCAAGGUUUAGCACAUCAGGAGAGUCAAACUGAAAGUGAAGACUGUUAAAUUAACAAAGAUGUGCAUUCAUGGUGGUGGAGCAAAGGCGGAGUUGAUCUGGGUGAGAAGACAAUUACCUAUGUCCUGCUGGAAGAGGUUCAGUCUCUUCCAGCUCCUCUGGAUGCUCUUGUGUUUUUGUUUUUUGGGUUUUUUUAAUAUCCCUGCCCAGCAUAGCUCAAUCAGCCACGAUGCCCCAAGCACGUACAAUCGCUGUGAGGACGGUGCAAUCAGCUCACAUCAGAGUGGAGAAUAAAACAAAGCCUGUUUGAGGGCAGAGACUGAGCAAUGCCUCUGCCCCCUGGGCUCUGACAGCACAGCUGUGCAGCUCUAGGUGUGCCUAGCAUAUGAUGGAAUGUUUGGGCAAAGCAAGUGUUUCUACCACUGUUAUUUUUAUUUUGUUCUGAUAGAGGGAACGGUUUCCACAUCCUGCUUCUGAACUAGGCCUUGGUGCAUCACCCAGAUGAUUAAACAGCAGUGUCUCCUGAAUCUAAUGCUGCUACAGAGGUGAUGUGUUUGUUUCAUGUUUCUGUAGGGUCUUGUUUCCCCACUGGAGCAGGCUCUUGGCUGCUGCUCACA